CGUCCACUUUGACUGAAGGCUAUUCUCCUUGAACAUCUCUUGAUCAACCAGAAGCCACGACCAGCAACCUGGACGGAUACGUGCCAGAGAAGGCAUACGAUAGCCAUAGCGAGGAAAAUCUAUUUUUGCUUCAACAACACAACAUGCCUACCGACAUGAGCGGCCUCUCGUGUUCCCAAUGAACAAAAAAAAAGGAACGAGAGGCGACAGCACAUCUGCGUUGCGUUGAUAUAAGCCGUUCUGCACAUUCAAGAGCUCAGGUCGUUUUGAGGCCUGUCCCUGGUACACUCAGUUGAUGAGCCUAUAGGUUUAGGGAAUACUGGGAUUUAUGAGGCUGCAUCAGCUUUGAUACUGUAAUGUCGUGACGACUCAGAAGCCCUGGAGAUAGGCCGGAUCAUAGAGUGAUUCCCUAAACCCUGCCUUUCACAUCACCUGCUCAGUCCGAAAUGCUGGUUUGACACGCCUCUGGACCUUCCCCGAUCACGUUCACCCACCUACCUACACCCCUGCAGAACUGCGUCUGAAACCCCUCACUUCUUCUAACCUCUGCCUGCUGGGAUAAAUGAGUGGAAGGGCUGGAGAGGAUAGGGCUGGGAUAUGUACCAGAACCCACACAGAAUGUCCUGGUUUAGUGGCUUCCUAGUGGCCAGAGUGGAUGACCGAAAGACCUCGUGGGGGGAGCGAAAUGGCAAGAAGUCCAAGCAGAAGGGAGGCUCAUCCCUUUGCAACCCGCGUUACAUGAGCUGCCUGCGGGAUCCGGACGCCAUGGAGCCUCCCUCUGGAGCCCCCCUCCACCCCCACCACCGCGGAGGGCCGGCUGGGGCGGUGGGCGGGGGGGGCAACUUUGGCGUGCGCUGCAUCUGGCAAGAGGACCACUACGGCAAACGGGGUGGCGCCGCCGGGGAAGUGGUGGGGCUCAAAUCUGUCGACAUGGGCUUUGAGGAUGGGGACCUGAAAGGGAGGAAGGUGGGGUGUAGAGGGGGUGGUGGGAAGGGGGGGGAUGAGGGUCCCAAUGGGGAAGGUGAGGUGACGGUGGCAGACUGCUGGCUGCGGGUGAUGCAAGUGUUCCAGUCCAAGAAGUUCCAGUCUCAUAAACUGGAGCGUCUGUACCAGCGCUACUUCUUCAGGCUCAACCAAAGCUCCCUCACCAUGCUGAUGGGGGUGCUGGUGAUUGUGUGCGGCGUGAUGCUUACCUUCCAUUGUGUCCACGCAACCCCGGAUGUGGCCUACUCCUCGGCCCUCUCUGUGGCCAUGGCCCUGUUCAUGGCUCUCAUGGUUGUGUGUAACCGGAACGGCUUCCACCAGGACUACAUGUGGAUGGUGAGCUACCUGGUCAUCGGUGUGCUGUUGCUGGUGCAGGUGUUCGGGGUGCUGAUGGUGGCGCCUCGCAGCGCAUCUGAGGGCAUCUGGUGGUCUGUCUUCUUCAUCUACAUCAUCUACACGCUUCUGCCUGUCAGGAUGAGAGCAGCCGUGCUGAGCGGAGGGGUGCUCUCCACCAUUCACCUGGUCACCACCUGGCAGUUCAACCAGGAAGACGUGUUCCUCUGGAAACAGCUGAGCGCCAACGUGCUGAUAUUCCUGUGCACUAACAUCAUUGGGAUCUGUACCCACUACCCUGCUGAGGUGUCUCAGAGACAGGCCUUCCAGGAGACCAGAGGAUACAUUCAGGCCAGACUGCACCUGCAGAGAGAGAACCAGCAGCAGGAACGCCUCUUGCUGUCUGUGUUGCCACGGCAUGUUGCCAUGGAGAUGAAGGCUGACAUCAACGCUAAGAAAGAAGACAUGAUGUUCCAUAAGAUCUACAUCCAGAAACAUGACAACGUCAGUAUUCUGUUUGCGGACAUUGAGGGUUUCACCAGCUUGGCGUCUCAGUGUACGGCUCAGGAGUUGGUCAUGACGCUCAACGAGCUCUUCGCCCGCUUCGACAAACUAGCAUCUGAGAACCACUGUCUGCGUAUCAAGAUCCUGGGGGACUGUUACUACUGUGUGUCUGGGCUGCCUGAGCCCCGCGCUGACCACGCCCACUGCUGUGUGGAGAUGGGCGUCGACAUGAUAGAGGCCAUCUCGCUGGUGCGUGAAGUGACGGGGGUCAACGUCAACAUGCGUGUGGGCAUCCAUAGCGGCCGUGUGCACUGUGGGGUGCUGGGACUCAGGAAGUGGCAGUUUGACGUGUGGUCCAACGAUGUCACACUGGCCAACCACAUGGAGGCUGGGGGCAAGGCAGGGAGGAUCCACAUCACCAAAGCCACCCUGCAGUAUCUAAAUAGGGAUUAUGAGGUGGAGCCGGGUUUCGGAGGGGAGAGGAACGCCUACUUGAAGGAGAACAGCAUUGAGACCUUCCUGGUGCUGGGCUGCAGCCAGAAACGGAAAGACGAGAAGGCCAUGAUGGCCAAGAUGCAGAGGACGCGGUCCAACUCCAACGAGGGCCUGAUGCCUCGCUGGGUGCCCGACACAAGGUUCUCCAGGACCAAGGACUCCAAAGUCUUCAGACAGAUGGGGAUUGAUGAGUCGUCCAGCAAAGACAACCGUGGUGCCCAGGAGGCAAUGAACCCUGAAGAUGAGGUGGAUGAGUUUCUUGGGCGAGCCAUCGAUGCUCGCAGCAUCGACCAGCUGAGGAAAGACCACGUCAAGAAGUUCCUGCUCACCUUCCAGACCUCUAGCCUAGAGAAAAAGUAUUCGAAGAAGGUAGACGAUCGCUUUGGGGGUUACGUGGCUUGUACCCUCCUGGUCUUCUGCUUCAUCUCCUUCAUCCAGAUUGUCAUAUUUCCACACACCCCAGUAAUGCUGGGGAUCUACAUCAGUAUCUUCAUCAUCCUCGCCAACAUCCUCUUCAUCUGUGCCAUAUAUUCCUGCAUUAAGCUGUUUCCAGCUGCGAUGCAGAUCGUGUCAAAGAAGAUAGUCCAGUCUCGUACCAACAGCACUCUGGUGGGGGUGUUUACCAUCAUCCUCGUCUUCAUCUCUGCCUUUGUCAACAUGUUUGCGUGUGACACGGAGAGUUUGGUGGACUGCAUUGCCCGGGAGCUGAACAUCUCUGUUUCCAUGGUGACACCCUGUCUCAUCCGCAACCUGUCUGUGUCGGUAGAUGGGGGUCUAGAGAUUUGUCCCAGCCAGGGCCCCUCAUGUCCCUUCCCAGAGUAUUUCAGCUACAGUGUGCUGCUGACCCUGCUGGCCUGUUCAGUAUUCCUCCAGAUCAGCAGUAUAGGGAAGCUGGCCCUCAUGCUGCUCAUCCAGCUCACCUUCCUGCUGCUGGUGGAGUGGCCACAGGUGGCGCUGUUCGAAAAUGCUGACCUCUUUGUCACCUCCAAAGCCCUUGAUUUCAAUGAAACUAUUCAAUGGUCCAGUUUCAAUGAAACUACAGUCGAGUGCCCGUUCAGUGUGACCAAAGUAUCUCUGAGAGUCAUGACACCUGUGAUUCUCACUGUGUUUGUGCUGGCGCUCUACCUCCAUGCCCAGCAGGUGGAGUCCACUUCACGCCUCGACUUCCUCUGGAAACUACAGGCCACAGAGGAGAAGGAGGAGAUGGAGGAGCUUCAGGCCUACAACCGCCGUCUCCUCCACAACAUCCUGCCCAAGGACGUGGCGGCUCACUUUCUGGCACGUGAGCGCCGUAACGACGAGCUCUACUACCAGUCCUGUGAGUGUGUGGCCGUCAUGUUCGCCUCCAUUUCCAACUUCUCUGAGUUCUAUGUAGAGCUGGAGGCCAACAAUGAGGGAGUGGAAUGUCUUAGGCUGCUCAACGAGAUCAUCGCCGACUUUGACGAGAUCAUCAGUGAGGAGAAGUUUCGUCAGCUGGAGAAGAUCAAGACUAUUGGCAGCACCUACAUGGCCGCCUCGGGUCUCAAUGAUUCCACCUACGACCGUGAGGGCCGCUCCCAUAUCACGGCUCUGGCCGACUAUGCCAUGAGACUGAGGGAACAGAUGAAGUACAUCAAUGAGCAUUCCUUCAACAACUUCCAGAUGAAGAUAGGUCUGAAUAUUGGGCCAGUGGUCGCAGGGGUGAUUGGAGCACGGAAGCCCCAGUACGAUAUAUGGGGGAACACGGUCAACGUAGCCAGUCGCAUGGACAGUACAGGAGUCCCAGACCGCAUUCAGGUUACCACGGACCUCCACCAGGUGCUUUCAGAUAUAGGAUAUGUUCUAGAGUGCCGUGGGGUCGUUAAAGUCAAGGGCAAAGGGGAAAUGACGACCUACUUCCUGAAUGAUGGACCGCCCAAUAGUUAGCAGCCGUGGCAGCAUUAGCCGGGACCUUUCCCGCGGCAGCACUACUGAGGGAGGACUCGCACCGCGAGCUAGCGGCUAACAACUAGCGAUGCCAUCACUUGAAACCCGAGCCAAGAGAAAAUACUUUGAGACUCCAGGACUUGAGAAGGAAAAUUUUCUUAUGUGGCAGCCAUGUUUUGGCGCCCGCACACAUGGAAGGACAAGUGUUUUUCUCAUGUCUAGCCUUUCUCUCAGGCUACUUUAAAGAUGCAAAGUCUGUUUAUUUAAAACAACGCCUUUAGCCUGUGUCAAAAAAAGAAAAAGGCUGUACAUAAGGUUACUUUUUAUUUGACAUCAUUUUCUGUGAUUUUUUUUUUUUUUUUUCAUGAUUUCUUUUCAGCAGAAAUAUGAAACAGGUACUCAUGUUUUAUUUCUGGGUUACUUAUUUAUUUUAAUCUUGAUGUUUUGUGCAAAAAUUCCUUUAUGAAAAAGUCUGAAUACAUACGUGCACAAAUAUCCAGUUUAUUACACGUUUCUAAGUGUGUAUGUACAUGCAUAUUUGUGUGUAUGAAUAUGUGUAUAAAUUGAAGGAAAAUAUUGACCAAAGACCAAAGUAUUUACGAAAAACAAGGCAAGACAUGUCUGUUAUGUUCUCGCAAAAGUCUGCGAUGAUCACCAACUCAAUCUGUUGCACGGUAGUACCCUCAGUCUUUUUAGUACAGUGCUGGCAAAUGCUAUUAAUCAAUAUGGGCAAAAUGUGUAACAACUUUCAUUUGGUUGAUCAAUCAGCCAGCAAAGAGGUCCAGUACAGUUUAUCAUCGAUGACAUCUAUAUGAUUACUCUGCCUCCAUCUCUAAAAUGAUUAUUAUGUUAUUUAAGAUUAAAUAGAGGCUGGUAGCCUUUUUUAAGUCCUGGGGAGAGGGUUCAACCUGUUGGUUCAACAAAAUAAGAGGAAAUAGGAUGGUCCCCCCCUCCUCAACCCUUGUCAAAUGUGUUACCCCCACCAUGGCUCAGUCCAGCUAUAACAGUUCGAGCACCCAAGGCACAAUUGUAUACAGCAAAGGCAUACUGUCAACUGCUCCACCCCUUUCAAAUGUGUCCCUUUCCAUUUAUUUUGCAAAUGGAAAUUAAAGGACUCAAAACUAAAAAAGAUGUUCCAGAACCAGAGGGGAAAGCCUGGGCAUUAAAUACAGUGGUACCGGACAGGCGCCUAAGAUGUUCCAGAACCAGAGGGGAAAGCCUGGGUAUUAAAUACAGUGGUACCGGACAGCCGCCUAAGAUGUUCCAGAACCAGAGGGGAAAGCCUGGGCAUUAAAUACAGUGGUACCGGACAGGCGCCUAAGAUGUUCCAGAACCAGAGGGGAAAGCCUGGGUAUUAAAUACAGUGGUACCGGACAGCCGCCUAAGAUGUUCCAGAACCAGAGGGGAAAGCCUGGGUAUUAAAUACAGUGGUACCGGACAGCCGCCUAAGAUGUUCCAGAACCAGAGGGGAAAGCCUGGGUAUUAAAUACAGUGGUACCGGACAGCCGCCUAAGAUGUUCCAGAACCAGAGGGGAAAGCCUGGGUAUUAAAUACAGUGGUACCGGACAGCCGCCUAAGAUGUUCCAGAACCAGAGGGGAAAGCCUGGGUAUUAAAUACAGUGGUACCGGACAGCCGCCUAAGAUGUUCCAGAACCAGAGGGGAAAGCCUGGGUAUUAAAUACAGUGGUACCGGACAGCCGCCUAAGAUGUUCCAGAACCAGAGGGGAAAGCCUGGGUAUUAAAUACAGUGGUACCGGACAGCCGCCUAAGAUGUUCCAGAACCAGAGGGGAAAGCCUGGGUAU